AUGGCGAAACCUUUGCCCAGAUUUAAUGCAAAACUAUUCAAGAAGUUGAUCGACGCGCGCCCUUUGUAUGCCGUUUUAAAGUGUAGUUACUCUACAAAUUUUGACAAAAUUUUUAAGUUUUAUUCGGACGAAGAGUGCAAAGUGAACCAGAAAUAUAGGGUUUUAGAUGAGAAGGAUUAUGCUAGAUUCUUCAGUAAACGAGCUUUGAGGAGGGAGGCGGCAUUUACGAGACAAAUAACCGCUCUCGCCUACAAAGUGGGCAAGCGCAUGAUAUCCCUCGCAGAGGGCAUGCCCAACGAGGCUAUAUUCCCGUUCACGCGCCUGGAGCUGACGUCCAGAACUGGUGAGAAGAUGGUCUUUGAUGAGAAGGAGCUGGCAACUGCGCUGCAGUACAUACCUUCACAGGGGCUUCCAUCCCUGCUUACCGAAUUGCGGUCGUUCCAGCAGGAACUGCAUAGACCGCCGCCCUUGGACCGCGACGUGCUCGUCACCAACGGCUCCCAGCACGGCAUUUACCAGUGCAUAGAGCUGCUGCUGAACACGGGGGACCCCAUCAUCACCACGGAGUACUCCUACUCAGGCUUCUACAGUGUAUUAAAGCCUUACCAACCGGACAUCAUCGGUAUCCCGGAAGAUGAGAACGGGAUGAUCCCCGAAACCCUGGAGUCAGUGCUCAACGAACGCCUGGCCAGGGGGCUCCAGAUGCCGAAAGUGCUGUACGUCAUCCCCACGGGCAACAACCCCACCGGCACUGUCCUGUCGGAGGAACGGAGAAGACAAAUCUACGAGAUGGCUUGCAAAUACGACUUCUUGAUUGUGGAAGAUGAUCCUUACAUGUUCUUGAAUUUUACAGACAAGGUGCCCGCGUCGUUCCUGUCGCUGGACGCGUGCGGGCGUGUGCUGCGGCUGGACUCGCUGUCCAAGGUGGUGAGCUCGGGCCUGCGCGCCGCCUGGCUCACGGCGCCCACGCCGCUGGUGCGCCGCGCGGAGCUGCACACGCAGGCUGAGAUCCUGCACUCCUGCACGCUGACGCAGGCAAUUUCCUACCACCUAAUAAAGAACCGCGACGCUUUGGCCUCUCACCUUCUGUCAACGCGUUCCUUCUACGAGCUCAGGAAAAACGCGCUGAGUGCGGCGUUGACCGAGGUCAGGGAUCUCAUGGAGUGGAGCGAGCCCGCCGCGGGCUUGUUCUACUGGGUGCGAGUGCGGGAGGUAGAAGACGUUUACAAUUUGGUAUUCCACACAGCCUUCGACCGCGGCCUCAUGCUGGUGCCGGGGCAGGCCUUCCAGUUCGACAGCAGCGGGCGCUGCGCGCACCUGCGCCUCACCUUCAGCAAGAUCCAGCUCGCGGACAUCGCGCCCGCCGUGCGCCUGCUGGGCGGCGUGGUGCGCCACGAGCGGCGCCUGGCGGAGCGCCAGCGCCGCCUCGCCACCGAGCAGUAG